AAUAACUCUCUCUAUAUCUUCGACGAGUACUACUUUACUGAUCACACCGUUGUUAUCUGUUAACAUCCAUUAAUUUCUUGAACAAUCAAUCUCACAACUCAUAAUGCCUGCUUCAAGUGUAAUAGAGGUUCGUCCACCAGUGUUGGAUGCUUCUUCUGAACCACCUCCUCUCUUUGAUGGAACAACUAGGUUAUAUACCAACUUCCAGUGUCCCUUUGCACAACGUGUGUGGAUUACCAGAAAUUAUAAGGGACUACAAGAUAAGAUCAAGCUCGUGCCAAUAGACCUUGCUAAUAGACCUGCUUGGUAUAAGGAGAAAGUUUACCCGGAGAAUAAGGUACCAGCUCUUGAACAUAACAACAAGAUCAUUGGGGAGAGCCUGGAUUUGGUGAGAUAUUUAGAUGAUCACUUUGAAGGGCCUGCAUUGCUACCAAAUGACCCUGCCAAAAGAGAAGUUGCCGAGGAGCUAUUGACAUACACCGACACAUUCAACAAAACGGUGUUAACUUCAUUUAAAGGAGACGCUAAGAAAGAAUCUGGGGCUGCUUUCGAUCACUUGGAAUCAGCUCUUCAGAAGUUUGAAGGCCCGUUUUUCCUUGGAGAAAUCAGUUUGGUGGACUUUGCUUAUAUUCCUUUUGUAGAAAGGUAUCAGACAUUCUUACAUGAAGUAUUCGGCUAUGAUAUUCUCUCAGGCAGACCAAAACUAACAACAUGGAUAGAGGAACUCAACAAGAUUGAUGCGUACACCCAGACAAAAGCUGAUCCUGAAUACUAUGUUCCGUUAUACAAAAAACGCAUUAUGGGUCUCUGAAGUUGAGGUUUACUAGAUGCACCCAUAAUAAUCCAUCAAAAUGACAUUUUAUGUAAGAAGGUGAAUAAAGUUGUUUACGUCAACAACUACUCUCGGGUCUGAUAGAGGUUUGAGUUUGAUACAUAUGAUGGAUUAACAUGUGGUCUUGUACUUUUAUGCUGUAUGUAUGUAUGAAGAUUGUGUAAUGUAUAAGUGCACUCUAGAGUGUCAAUUGCAAAUGUUAUUUUCUGAAUUUCUGUGAA